UUUGACACGGCAAAAAGCACCAAACUAGUGAUAUAUAAAUGCUCUGCGAAAAAUUUCGCACAGAAUCUUCAGUCUCAGAAAAGCCGGCGAAAAUGGUGAAGCUAGUGGUGGCGACGACGGUGGAUCCGGCAUCAAUUUGCCCGGCGAAGGAGCUAUUAGCUAAGCCAGGUUGGCAACCCGGGCCCACCUUGAAUGAAGGUAUCAGAAGUUUCAGUAAUGGCGAUGUCAGGCUAUUGGAGCAUGACAAAGGCAUUGUUGAAGAAGAUGAUUUGGAUCAACGUUGGGAGAAUGCUACUGGUCAGACGGUCGAUGAGGUUAUCUUCCUUAGUAAACACACUGCUGUGUCUAACCGCCCCGCUCUCACCAUCCACCCCAUUGGGGUGCCACAUUUGAAAGAGGGGGAUGUUCCACCACAAGGAGGGAAGCCAGGGUGGGCAGCUCCACCAAAUCCAAGGAUGGGUCCAUGGAUGAUUCUUUUGAAUAAAAUUGCUGAAUCUCAUAAUCUCAUUCCCGAAUUUGAAAUCACCUUUGAAGCUACUCAUCAUGGACCCGUGACAACUAAGCCAACAAUGUUUAUCGAGAUAGGUAGUACUGAGGAGUACUGGAAGAGGCCGGAUGCUGCUCAAGUUGUUGCUCUGUUAGUCUGGGAAGGACUUGGACUUGGAGGAGGUCCUCCUGUUGGAAACUGGAGCAGUAUGUCUGCAAAUAACAAAGUCCUUCUAGGAAUUGGUGGAGGACAUUAUGUGCCACGACAUACAGAUGUGAUAAAGAAGGACGGUUGUUGGGUGGGCCAACUCCUCUCUGGUUACUCCUUACCAAUGGAAGAUCCUGGUCCAUCGAAAGGUAAAGUAAAUGCACAAGAUAUUGCCGGAACUUGGAAACACUCAAUUAGAGCAGCAUAUGAUGCUACUAAAGCAGGUUUUCCUGGUGGAGAAAUUCUGGCACAUCUUGAUCAGAAGAGUUUCAAGAGCUGGCAAAAGAACGCGAUUAUUGAAUUCCUAGGUGCACAGAACAUUAAAAUUGGCAAGCCAGGUGACUUUCAAAAAUCUUAAGCAAGUUACUUAUUAUUGAUGAAGUCGUUAAAGGUCAACAACUUCCAUACGUUUUUUGUGAUUAGAUGUAGGUUGAAGCAAUAUCGCUUUCAAAAGAUAUUCAACAUUUGUUUUAUAUAUACACACAUAAAAAGUACUAGUUUUUAAUUUUAUAUAUAUAGUGUAAUUAAAUACCCUUGUCUCAA